AUGGAUAACUCCGCAGAUUUUUCCUCGUUCCAAGACAAAGUCACAACGGCUCUGAUUCGAAGCAGCAAAACUGUCCAAAAAAUUGGUAAAGAGGAUAUUGAUUUCCAUCGUACCUCCAACAGCGAAUUUGCCGAAAAUCUUGACGAACAGAGCUCGCGCUUACUUUCGCUCACUUCGUCCUUACUCAAAGUCGCGACCGAUGGAACUGACAUCAAGCCUCCCGCGCUUGAAGAUGAGGAUUCUCUGGAAGAUAAUUGGCGAGGGAUCGUGGAUGUGAUUGAUAACCUACUGGAGAAGGCAGAUGCAUGUCUAGACGAAUUCACUGGCAUCAUCAAAAAGCUGAGUCCUCCGCAACAAGAUCGGAUCCGUGAGGCAAGCAGCCGACAGCAAGAGAAGAAGUUUCCCACCAUAUACGACUACGGGCCUUCGAAAAUUCCUAAACCACAGCUCCUGUUCCGAACCGCUCCAAACAACCAUGACACAUCGCCGUUCCGUCCUUUGCUCAAAUCCAAGCCGCAUGCCAUCGUACCAUUAGAGCAGUCUCUUCAAUUGGUUGGGACAGACAAGAAACCAGCGUUCUACCCGAAUCCAUAUGAGAAAGAAAUUCGUGAAUCCACAUACCCCAAGUCAACCUACGUCGUCGCACCGCCGGUCGAGUUCGGUCCUGUCGAAACCACACAAGCUGUCUGGGUCGAUACUCCCGAGGGAGUUGCCGAGAUGGUCGAGGAGCUGAAGAAGGCAAAAGAAAUCGCUGUUGACUUGGAACAUCACGAUGUGCACACAUACUAUGGACUGGUCUCAUUGAUGCAAAUCAGCACUCGUGACAAGGAUUGGGUAGUCGAUACACUUCAACCAUGGCGCGAAGACUUGCAGCGACUGAACGAAGUUUUCACCGACCCUAAUAUUCUCAAAGUCUUCCAUGGUUCCACAAUGGAUAUUGUCUGGCUUCAACGAGACUUGGGUCUUUACGUUGUAAGCUUGUUCGACACAUACCAUGCUGCAGUUGCUUUGGGAUUCCCGAAAAGAAGUUUGAAGUUUUUGCUGGAGAAAUAUGCACAUUACGAGGCAGAUAAGAAGUACCAAAUGGCUGACUGGCGUCUGCGGCCUUUGACGGAUGAGAUGUUGAAAUAUGCUCGUGCCGAUACGCACUACCUUCUUUACAUUUACGAUUGCUUGCGCAAUGAAUUGCUAGAGAAAUCCACGCCGAAAAGAAACCAGAUCGACUAUGUGUUGGAGCGAUCAAAGACCGAGGCACUGCAACGUUAUGAGCGACCCGUUUACGAUACUCUUGGUGGUCAAGGUGCUGGUGGCUGGUACGAUUUAUUGAGCCGGAACUCCGGUCAGUUCACGAAAGAACAAUUUGCAGUCUUCAAGGCCGUCCACGAAUGGCGAGAUCGUGUCGCGCGAGAAGAAGAUGAGGGUUUACAAUGCGUGUUCCCCAGACACGUGCUCUUUAGAGUGGCUGUAGCCAUGCCCGUCGACAAACACACUUUGUUCAAGACACUGUCACCAGUUACCUUGAUUGUUAAGGACAGAGUGACGGAAUUGCUCGACAUCAUCAAGAAAGCGAAAAUUGAGGGUGCUACCGGUCCUGAGCUACGGGAUGUUAUCAAGCCAAGGAAGACUGUCGAGGAAGCUACUGCGUCCCUACCGCUGUUGGACAAAACACCAGCCAUGAUUACUGUCGUUCGAGCGGAUUCAUCCCAGUUUUGGGGCACAGCAUUGCAGCCACAAGGGACGGUCGCAGUUCCUCUAAACUACAAAGUGGCCGCAUCAUGUGAAGCUUUACGGUUAUCUGUACCUAUUCCUCCCAUGCCCGUGACUGUGUCUGAGGUUCGACAAAUGAUUCACGACACCACACCUGCUGCCAUGUCCGUCGAACCAUCACCAAUGAACACGCCGACAACCAAGACAGAUAAACAGAGCGACAUUUUCACAGUCAAGGAAGUUGCACCGCGCCGCAAACGAAAAGUGACCGAGACAAACGACUCCGACGAGACCUCCAGCAGCGGUAGCAGCGAAAGCGAGAGCGAAAGCGAGAGCGAAAGCGAAAGCGAAAGCGAAGAAGAGAUCCAAAUCCACCAACCACCAACCAAAAAAUCACGACAGAGACCAAAAGAGGAAGACACAGUACCAUUCGACUACAACACGGCAACCUCAGUCCUGCACUCAGAGGACAUGGCCGCCGCGGCAGCAGCAGCAAAUCUACCGAAUCAAAAGAAAUAUUUCAAUCCAUAUGCCAAGGCAUUGAAUGCACCAAGCGGGGUACGAAAACAGAAGAAGGAGACGAGUGGGCGGACGUUUACAUUCAGAUAGGAAAAAAGAGGACAAGUGGGUGGUGGAUCAGCUGUGUAUCGGGAGUUGUUCCUUAUUCAGAUGUUCAUGAGUUUAUUCCAGGAUACCCGCAUACUUUUCUUAUACUAUGUUUUGCUUUGUUUUGUUUUGUUUUGUUAGUAUUGAAAGAAAGCCUCAGGCAGCGAAGAAGCAUUUGACG